CCUCUCUGUCUCCCUCUCUCUCCACCAGUGACAGCUGAGUGGCUGGGAGCUAAUUGCUGUUGCGUGAGGUCAGAGAGACAUUUAUCUGACUGAGCUAGCCUUCCCUGCUAGCCCACAACAGACAGACAGACGGACAGGGAGGAUGUUGCACAGCUCACACUACAGAGAGGAGAGACUGGCUGCUAAAGCACUGACUAACUGAGAAGUCCCAGGGACAUGCACACACAUACAUACACUCUAUCUCUCUCUCUCUCUCUCUCUCUCUCUCUCUCUCUCUCUCUCUCUCUCUCUCUCUCUCUCUCACACACACACAUACAUCCACAUACCCACAGACUCCUCUGACACACACACACCUACACACACAGCUUGUGUGUAAGUAAUCAGGAGCAGUGGGAUCACAGUAACUCUAAAGCUUCUAAGGAAGAGGAACGCCACUAACUGUUUCAUCUCUGGACGCUCAAUACUAAUCUCUGGCCUCCACAGAACCCCUGAAACAUCCGGAAACAGACGGAAGCAGACAAGACCAUGUCUGCUGUUGGAUGACGGUCUCCUCUGCCGGAAUCACACAGCCGACACACACAGUGAGGAUUACACUGAGACAGACUGACAGACAUCAACAUAAAGACUGACCUCAUUCAUACAGAGAGACAGUGAGACAGACGGACAUCAACCUACAGCCUUGUGUCCUUACAACAGAGAGACAGACAACAACUCCAAACAGAGAGAGACAUCACACAAGUGCCUGGUCACUCUCUAACCCUCCUACCCUUCACCCACUCCACCUCCCACCAGCUGGCCUCAGCACCCCAGCCAGGGGUUACAGGUCAUAGGUCAGGGGGACCAGCCCAUCCAGGCUCCUAGUGAACAGCGCUAGGAGGGCACUGUCUGGCACUCUGUUCUGUUCUGUCUGCCGGAGCAGACAGCAGUAUUUCAGCAUGUUGCCCGUGGCGCCCCACAGCAGUGCAUUAUAAUGCCCAGAUGGAUGCCACUGCCAUGCAACCUGCCUAACUUGCUGUCGGCACUGUACCUUCACAUCAUCUUCCUGCUGGGCAGCGUGUGUGUGGUCUGCAGCAACUGCACACCCGAGCAGCUAGCCGCCAUCAUGAACUGCUCCAAGCACGAGCGCCAUGCACGGAACUACGACUACAUGGAAGGGGGAGAUGUACGCAUACGACAGCUGUUCAGCCGGACACAGUGGUUCCUUACCGUUGACGACUACGGCAACAUCAACGGGACACAAGACCCCACCAACUGUUACAUGCCUGUGUGCUGGAGUGGAGAGAAAGCUCGGGAGAGGGGAUACCUGUACCAGACAGGGGGAGACAACAUGGCAGACGGGGAACAGAUCACCAGGUGGAAUCCAAGCAGCAGUGCAGCAGGCAAUGGGAGUAUCCUGGAGGUCCGUACGGUGUCCGAGGGAGGAGUGUUAGCUAUCAAAGGAGUGAAGAGUCAGUACUAUAUCUCCAUGAACAGGACUGGCCUGCUGCAAGGCAAGAAAAUCUACAAUGAGAACUGCAACUUCAAGGAGAUUUUCCUAGAAAAUUACUUCAACGCUUACUCGUCUGUUAAGUCGAGUAGAGACGGCAAGGAGAUGUUCAUUGCUCUGUCUCAAAAGGGCAGACCGCUGAGAGGGAAGAAGACCAGGAGGGAACACAUCGCCUCCCACUUCAUUCCCAUGAAAUGCAGAGAAGAGGAGAGGACUGGCGUCUGAGAGAAGGAGACUGAAAAAGGAAGAGGUGACUGGAGCCUGAGAGGAAGAGAGGACUGAAAGAGGAGAGGAGGAGAGGACUGAAAGAGGAGAGGACUGAAAGAGGAGAGGAGAGGACUGAAAAAGGAGGAGAUGACUGAAAGAGGAGAGGAGAGGACUGAAAGAGGAGAGGAGAGGACUGAAAGAGGAGAGGAGAGGUCUGAAAGAGGAGAGGAGAGGACUGAAAGAGGAGAGGAGAGGACUGAAAGAGGAGAGGACUGAAAGAGGAGAGGAGAGGUCUGAAAGAGGAGAGGAGAGGUCUGAAAGAGGAGAGGAGAGGUCUGAAAGAGGAGAGGAGAGGUCUGAAAGAGGAGAGGAGAGGUCUGAAAGAGGAGAGGAGAGGACUGAAAGAGGAGAGGAGAGGUCUGAAAGAGGAGAGGAGAGGACUGAAAGAAGAGAGGAGAGGACUGAAAGAAGAGAGGAGAGGUCUGAAAGAGGAAAGGAGAGGUCUGAAAGAGGAGAGGAGAGGACUGAAAGAGGAGAGGACUGAAAGAGGAGAGGAGAGGACUAAGAGGAGAGGACUGAAAGAGGAGAGGAGAGGUCUGAAAGAGGAGAGGACUGAAAGAGGAGAGGAGAGGACUGAAAGAGGAGAGGACAGAAAGAGGAGAGGUCUGAAAGAGGAGAGGAGAGGUCUGAAAGAGGAGAGGAGAGGUCUGAAAGAGGAGAGGACUGAAAGAGGAAAGGAGAGGUCUGAAAGAGGAGAGGAGAGGUCUGAAAGAGGAGAGGACUGAAAGAGGAGAGGAGAGGACUGAAAGAGGAGAGGACUGAAAGAGGAGAGGACUGAAAGACGAGAGGAGAGGACUGAAAGAAGAGAGGAGAGGACUGAAAGAAGAGAGGAGAGGACUGAAAGAAGAGAGGAGAGGACUGAAAGAGGAGAGGAGAGGACUGAAAGAGGAGAGGACUGAAAGAGGAGAGGAGAGGACUGAAAGAAGAGAGGAGAGGACUGAAAGAAGAGAGGAGAGGACUGAAAGAGGAAAGGAGAGGUCUGAAAGAGGAGAGGACUGAAAGAGGAGAGGACUGAAAGAGGAGAGGAGAAUAGGACUGAAAGAGGAGGAUAAGACUGAAAGAGGAGAGGACUGAAAGAGGAGGAGAGGAGAAUAGAACUGAAAGAGGAGGAGAGCAGGAGAGGACUGAAAGAGGAGAGGAGAGGACUGAAAGAAGAGAGGACUGAAAGAGGAGAGGAGAAUAGAACUGAAAGAGGAGGAGAGCAGGAGAGGACUGAAAGAGGAGAGGGGAGAAAUGGGGCUUUAAAGGAAAAGAAGGGAGGAUUGGCCUGAGAGCUGAGAGGACUGAGAGAGCAGAAAAGACAGAACAGAAAGGACUGAAGCUGUGACGUCUGGAUGUAGAGACCCAUGUUGGGAUUCUUGGACGUUGUGACGGCUGAGCUGCAGAUCUUUGUUGUAUAAUAUAAUAUAAUCUACCACUUCAGUCACAUCAUAUUAGCUGUGAAACACAGAGAAAAUACAACUACUCAUCAUGAUCAACAACGCCACUCUCCUGGUCGGUACAAUGUAAAUAAGUUCGGUAGUUACUUAUCCUUUCAUGUGCCAAGGUUUUUAGUGUAAAACUGAUGCACGGUCCUCCUCAGUAGUGCAAAUGUUAAAGGCCCAAUGCAGCUGUUCUGAGUAACAAUUAAGUACCUUACUGUGAUUGAUUUCAAUAAAAAAUGUGAAAAAGAAACAACACUUGCUUCUUAGCAAAGAGCAAGUUUCUCAAGCAAGAAUUUAGCUAGGACAGUAUGUGAGUGGUCUGAGUGUGGAGGGGAAAACUGAAAACUAGCUGUUUGGCAGAGAGAUUUGAAACCCCUCUUUCUUAUUGGUGAUGUCAACAGGCAGGCCAAAACUCCAUCCCACCAAAACAGGCCUUUUACACUAAAAGGGAAUUAUCAUCAUUUUCACAAUUUCACAGUAUUAUUCCAACCUCACUAUGUGGAAAUAUAUAUAAAACAACAGGUAGUGGUCAAUAAUACUAACAAUAUCCUUGAUUUGGAUGAAGUCAAGCACUCUGUUUCAGCAUACUGGUUGUUCUGGGAUAAAUGCAAUACAGGGAAAGGAAUAAGAAAAGGGAUGUUUGAGAACAUUCAUAAUAAAACUGUUCCUACUGACUGAAUUCUCCAGGCAAUGUCAAAAUGUAAUGUCAAACAAAGUAAGCUGAUCAGUCACUUACUUUACUCAAGAAAAGUAUUAUUAUUAAUAAUAGUUGUACUAUUAUACUAGUUUGACUUCCCUUAUUAUAGUGGCUAAUAGUGUAAUGAAUAUAGGAGAAGUAAUAAAAUACAGUUGGUAUUUACCUGGAAUUUGCAAAAACAAACAGCUGGUUAUAAUUUGUAUUAUUAUGAGUGGUUCGAGCCCUGAAUGCUGAUUGUCUGAGAAACGUGGUAUAUCACCGGUAUGACAAAACAUGUAUUUUUACUGCUCUAAUUCCAUUGGUUACCAGAUCAUAAUAGCAAUAAGGCACGUCAGGGGUUUGUGGUAUAUGGCCAAUAUACCACGGUGUUGCUUCAUGCAUAACAGCCCUUAGCUGUGGUCAUAUACCACACCCCCUCGGGACUUAUUGCUUCAUUAUAGACUACUUAAUCAAUCAAGAAAAUUGUUAACAAUGUGAUAUCAAAUGGCACCUAUUGUAGUUCUCCAUGUUUCAUUUCAUCCCAAACAUUCUAAGAGCUAGUAACUGAGUAAUAAUUAUUUGUUUCCAUGUUAUGUCUAAGAGCUAGUAACUGAGUAAUAAUUAUUUGUUUCCAUGUUAUGUCUAAGAGCUAGUAACUGAGUAAUAAUUAUUUGUUUCCAUGUUAUGUCUAAGAGCUAGUAACUGAGUAAUAAUUAUUUGUUUCCAUGUUAUGUCUAAGAGCUAGUAACUGAGUAAUAAUUAUUUGUUUCCAUGUUAUGUCUAAGAGCUAGUAACUGAGUAAUAAUUAUUUGUUUCCAUGUUAUGUCUAAGAGCUAGUAACUGAGUAAUAAUUAUUUGUUUCCAUGUUAUGUCUAAGAGCUAGUAACUGAGUAGUGAUUAUUUGUUUCCAUGUAAUGUAAGUAAAUUGCAGGUAGAAAGCAGACAGUAAAAUAAAGUGUAACUAAACGUAGUACAAUAAGCAAACAGUUCCAUAUACAUAUUAACAGGUAUGAACUGUCAGCAGAGAACAACUAAAGCAAAAACUCAGUUGGCUUGACGUUGGAUCAAUGUAAAGACAGACAGCAAGCUGGACUUGUCUUUUCACUGUACAAGUGUUCAAAGCAUACCAUAUAUACAUACAUACACAAUAUAUCCAGUAUAUUGAUAAAUAUAUAUGUACGAACUAAAAUACAUAUGUAAUUACAUGUGACAGCUGCUCAUUGACUCCCAAUUAAUUUACUAAGGUUUGAUAAUGACUGUGUACCAAAUGGCACUGUAUUUCCUACAUAUAUAAAAUAAUGUACUUUGUGGGAUAAAUAAAGUAUUUUUAAUGUAAUAUAAAGUAAAGUAGUGCACUAUUUAGGGAAUAGAGUGCCAUGUGGGACGCAGAUUUAACAAUGCAAGAGUGUAACGCUGAUGAUGCUGAUGAAGUUAGCAAUGAUAUCUGGAUUAAAGUACAGAGGGACCAGAACACACAGCGUGUUAAAUGUGUAUGUAUUACUGUAUGCCUUGAUCUUCCUCCACUAUAAUGAAUGAUUAUAUCAAUUGUUAGCGUUGAUCUCUGUUAUGCACCUGACGUGUUAAAUUAUAUUUUUUAAAACUUUGACAUGAGGUUGUAUCCCAACUAGCACCCUAUUCUAUAUAUAGAGCAUUACUUUUGACUGGAGCCCUAUGGACCCUGGUUAAAAGUAGUGCACUACUCAGACAAUAGGGUGCCAUUUGGGACGUAUACAGGCUUUUUUUUUUUUUGAGACAUUCCAUGUUCUGCCAGAUACCAUAAUGCUUUACUACGGUAUUGUUGGUCUCACUAAGGAACUGAAGUUAACUGCAGCAACAUACCAGAGGCUUCAUUUAACCACUUCAUUCCUUUAAUCUCUUCUGUUUUGGGAUGUUCCUGAAGCACAUCACAUAUACCGUAUUCGUCAUCUCACGACCUACAGAAAGACCUUUUAAAUAACGUUUUAACAACCUUUUAAAGACGUUCACUCUGUCUGCACAGUUACAACUAAACUGCAAAAUCUCCAUACUGGCCUAUAACUUUUGUGUUAUUAUCCAUUGUUGUAAGUUAUUAUUUGUGUUAUUUAUAUAAAAACCAAAGAUGAGUUAUUA